GAAAUACCCAGUCCUCCUUUCCUCUUUGAAGCGAUUUUGCCUUACCACGUUAGAACCCAUCAAUGGAAGCAACGACGGAAGAUAGAUCUCAAGGCCUCGGGUGAAUUGCAGCGCCUCGACGACGGAAAUCAGCUCCUCGACGAGGAAAUCAGCGCCUCGACGACGAAAUCAGUGUCUCUGCUCAAAGAAAAGGCCAGUUCCUAAUAUGAAUUCAUUGAGAGGGGGAUUUCUUAAACGCAUAAGAGGGAUCUCACUGCAGUCUAGAUCACUUGGGCUCAACAGAGUGUUGCAAUCAUGGUAUAGCACCACAACAUUUGAUGAAUCUGAUGUAAACAACGAAAUAGAGGAUGACGAUUUUGCGACUGGAAAGAAAGAAUUAGAGCCUCAGGGCGUAGACCCCAAAAAGGGAUGGAAUUUCAGAGGUGUACAUAAGGCAAUCAUCUGUGGAAAAGUUGGCCAGUCUCCUGUCCAGAAAAUUUUGAGAAAUGGGCAAACAGUGACAAUUUUCUCUAUUGCAACUGGCGGUAUGUAUGACCAACGAAUCGUUGGAGGUGCACACUUGCCUAGACCAGCUCAGUGGCAUCGAAUUGUUAUACAUAAUGAAUACCUUGGAGCAUAUUCUGUUCAGCAACUGAUGAAAGACUCUUCUGUGUUUGUUGAGGGGGACAUUGAAACUAGAGUCUACAAUGAUGCCAUCACCGGUCAAGUUAAAAGUGUACCUGAGAUAUGUGUGCGUCGUGAUGGCAAGGUUCGACUAAUCAAAUCUGGUGAUAGCGCUUCUAAUAUUUCCUUGGAUGAACUGCGGGAUGGAUUAUUCUGAGAUCCCAGUAUAGGUUAUAAGUUCCUGGACAUAUUUCAAGAACUUGUGAAAUUUUGAUUUCUGACACUCUUCCAUGUAUCCUUAAUCCUUUUGUAAUGUAUCUUGUUGCUUCAAUAGUCGAUUGUGGAGGAUCAGAAAUUUGAGUUAGAGGGAUUAGCAAUGUGAAAUCGGGCAUCCUAUGAACAAUUGGUUGAGCCUGUCGAUGAAUUUGAGUCGAUUUGGAGUCAGGUAUUUUCUUUCUUUUACCAAUAUCCAUCACUUUUGUUAGCAUUGACUUCUUUAGUGAGAAAGAUUGACUCGGUGGAUUAUGGAAAUGGAUCGUGGUUCAACAAACAAUUGGUGGUGGUUGACGGAAAGGUACGAGUGUAGGUGAGAUUGUUGAUGGCAAAAUAGCCUUACAUAUGACUGGUUUCUUCCAAUAAAAGUGGUUCAGAUCUUGGGAUUUCUAGCU